ACCCGAUUAACUACUUUAUUCCUCUCAUUCACAAACAUUCAAUCAACGAAGAGAUGGAGAUCCCUGUGAUUGAUUUGAGUAUGCUUGAGACUGAGAAGAGAAGUGAAACAAUGGCACUUCUCCAUCAGGCCUGCCAGAAAUGGGGCUUCUUUAUGAUUGAGAAUCAUGGAGUUGAUAAGGAGCUUAUGGACAAGAUGAAGCUUCUGACUAAGAUGCAUUAUGAAGAAACUAUGAAAGAUAGCUUCUACAAUUCAGAGACAGCAAAGAGCUUGGACAACAAUGGAUACAUCAGCAAAAAAGAUUGGGAGAGCACUUUCUUUAUUUCUCAUCGACCUAAUUCUAACAUCAACGACCUUAACACCCUUUCACAAGACCUCCGAAAAACAAUGGAAGAAUACAUAGAUCAGCUGAUCAAGCUGGCGGAAAAGCUUUCAAAACUCAUGUGUGAGAAUUUGGGCAUAGAGAAGAAUUGCAUAAUUGAGGCAUUUUCGGGCAGCAAAGGUCCCUCCGUGGGAACGAAAGUCGCAAUGUAUCCUCACUGUCCACGCCCUGAACUCAUCCGAGGCCUCCGGGAGCACACGGAUGCCGGUGGCAUCGUUCUCCUGCUCCAAGACGACCAAGUCCCUGGUCUUGAAUUCUUGAAAGAUGGAGAAUGGGUGAAAAUCCCACCGUCCAUGAACAACAGAAUAUUCAUCAACACUGGUGAUCAGAUUGAAAUUUUAAGCAAUGGGACGUACAGGAGCGCUCUGCACCGUGUGAUGGCGAUGAAGGAUGGAGACAGGCUCUCUAUCGCCACGUUCUACAACCCGUCUGGCGAUGCCAUAAUAUCUCCGGCUUCUGAGCUCUUACUUCCCAGCCAUGUCCGAUUCCAGGACUACCUCAACCAUUAUAGUAAAACCAAGUUUGAAGAUAAGGGUCUUAGGUUUCAGUCCCUCAAGAACAAGGCCAAUGGGCAUCAAGGCGUUCUAAAGUAAUAAUGUCCGCCUAGGCGAAUCACAUACUUAAUUAUUUUUAUUAAAUUAUAUAUCAAUCACAUUCAUUCACAUGUAAUCAGACCCGAUUUAACCUAGAACAACGUGUCAUGUAUGUUACUUGUGUGUUGUUGUUUCUCUUUCUUUUUUCUCCUGUUUUGCCGCCAGAAGUUCUAGAGAAGCUGCUGGUUACUGCU